GAAAAAAGUUGCAAGGGGCGAAAGCGAAAUUUAGGCUAUAUCUUUGUCUGCGCAAGUCUAUAGCAGCAAGGGCUCUCUCUUUCUCUCUCAAACUCUCUUCGAUGAAGAAGAAGAUGACGAUGGGUAGGAUCUCCAGUGGUACAGCCAUGGGCAUGCUAUUGCUCCUUGCUCUCUUCAGCAUUUCCUCUGUUCAUUCCUUUUACCUUCCUGGUGUUGCUCCUCGCGAUUUCCAAUCCGGCGAUGAGUUACCUGUCAAAGUGAACAAAUUGUCGUCUACAAAGACACAACUCCCAUAUGACUUCUACUACUUAAAAUAUUGUAAGCCCAAGAAGAUUUUGAACAGUGCAGAAAAUCUUGGGGAGGUGCUUCGAGGUGACCGCAUUGAGAAUUCUGUUUACGUUUUUAAAAUGAGGGAGGAGAAAUCAUGUACAGUGGCCUGUGGUAGAAUUAAGCUUGAUGCCGAAGCUGCUAAAAAUUUCAAGGAAAAAAUUGAUGAUGAAUAUCGAGCAAACAUGAUUUUGGAUAAUCUUCCAGUUGCUGUUCUUAGGAAAAGGGCAGAUGGAAUUCAGUCAAAAACUUAUGAGCACGGUUUCCGUGUGGGGUUCAAAGGAAAUUAUGCUGGGAGUAAAGAAGAGAAAUAUUUCAUUAAUAACCACUUGAGCUUCCGGGUGAUGUAUCACAAAGAUCCCGAGACAGACUAUGCCAGAAUUGUUGGGUUUGAGGUUACACCAAACAGUAUCAAUCAUGAAUAUAAGGAGUGGAAUGAGAAGAAUCCUCAGUUGGUUACGUGCAAUAAGGACACCAAAAAUUUACUGCCUGGUAGCACUGUUCCGCAAGAGGUUGAUGCUGAUAAGGAAGUUAUAUUCACAUAUGAUGUUUCCUUUGUGGAAAGUGAUAUCAAAUGGGCAUCUCGCUGGGACACAUACCUCCUCAUGAAUGAUGAUCAGAUCCACUGGUUCUCCAUAAUAAACUCCCUGAUGAUUGUCCUCUUCCUUUCUGGUAUGGUGGCUAUGAUCAUGAUGAGAACUUUGUACAAAGAUAUUUCCAACUACAAUCAGUUAGAAACCCAAGAUGAGGCUCAGGAAGAAACUGGAUGGAAGCUUGUUCAUGGAGAUGCUUUUAGGGCACCAAUCAAUUCUAGUCUACUCUGUGUUUAUGUCGGCACUGGGGUUCAGAUUUUUGCGAUGACACUUGUAACAAUGAUAUUUGCUUUGCUGGGCUUCUUGUCUCCUUCCAACCGAGGUGGCCUGAUGACUGCCAUGGUUCUCUUGUGGGUUUUCAUGGGCUUAUUUGCUGGUUAUUCCUCUGCAAGAUUGUACAAGAUGUUCAAAGGCACAGAAUGGAAGAGGAAUACUUUAAAAACUGCAUUUAUGUUUCCUGGUAUACUUUUUGCCGUAUUCUUUGUGCUAAAUGCACUGAUUUGGGGGGAACAAUCAUCUGGUGCAGUGCCCUUUGGUACAAUGUUUGCCCUUGUGUGCUUAUGGUUUGGAAUAUCAGUUCCCCUAGUAUUUGUGGGUAGUUAUCUGGGUUUCAAGAAGCCAGCUAUCGAAGACCCCGUGAAAACGAACAAAAUUCCUAGGCAGAUACCAGAGCAGGCAUGGUACAUGCAACCAGUUUUCUCGAUUCUUAUUGGAGGCAUUCUUCCAUUUGGAGCUGUUUUCAUUGAGCUGUUCUUCAUCUUGACAUCAAUAUGGCUGAAUCAGUUCUAUUACAUCUUUGGAUUCCUGUUUAUUGUGUUCGUCAUCCUCUUGAUCACUUGUGCGGAGAUAACAAUCGUUCUUUGCUACUUCCAGUUGUGCAGUGAAGAUUACCAUUGGUGGUGGAGAUCAUACUUGACUGCUGGCUCCUCUGCCCUAUACCUUUUCCUCUACUCCGUGUUCUACUUCUUUACCAAGUUGGAAAUAACAAAGUUUGUUUCAGGUGUUCUGUACUUUGGGUACAUGAUCAUUGUUUCAUACUCUUUCUUUGUCCUCACCGGAACCAUCGGCUUCUACGCGUGCUUCUGGUUUGUUCGAAAGAUCUACUCGUCCGUGAAGAUUGACUGAAAAUUGCAUCACAUGAAGACCAAGUUCUCCAGACAUACAUGAGAAAGCUGAAGGAAUGGUUUGAAGUGAGAAGUUUGUUGAUUAGCUUUCUCCUUAUAAAGAAGAUAGGAAAAUUUUCCAAGUCUAAAACUUUUCUAUUGUGAUGGUAGCAUAGGGCUUGCUUGUUAUGUUGUCUACAUUAUUAGAUGUUCUUGAACUGUACUUAGUAAAGGUAAGGUAGUAUGUGUACAAGUAACAAGAUGCUCAAAACAAUGAUCUCAGAUGUCUUGUUUUUUAAACAUAAUCUUUGCAUCCGAGUCUGUGAACGCUUAGUCGGUUUUUAGUAGCUAUUUUAUAAAUUUCUUUAUUUAAUUA